GCGCCUGACGUCACUUCCGUUUCUCUUGGCAACAGAGUCAAACGAAGAGCCGGAGGAGCCGCUGCAGACAAAAUGGCUCAAGUUGAAGAAACACUGAAGAGAAUUGAAGCCAGUAAAGGUGUGAUUGGAACCAUACUGGUCAAUGCAGAAGGUAUUCCCAUCAGAACUACUUUAGAUAACUCCACAACUGUUCAAUAUGCAGAACUUCUGUGCCAGCUCUCGAUGUUGGCCAGGACCACAGUCAGAGAUAUUGACCCUCAGAAUGACCUCACCUUCCUCCGCAUCCGCUCCAAGAAGCAUGAGAUCAUGGUUGCACUUGAGAACAACUAUCUGCUGAUAGUCAUCCAGAACCCAUGUGAAUAACUGGCAGGCAUUUCCAUGGGAGUCAGCCUUUGUCACAUGAUGGCGUUUUAUCUGGGAAAAAGAUUUUUCCACUGUGGUAUGUUGCUCCAUGUACUGCAUAAUCCCUCUUUUUAUACAUGGUGCACAGAGUGUGUUGCCUUUAUCCCUGUCCAUUCUCGGACCGCUUCUAUUUAACAUUUAUAUGCUACCCCUAGCUCGGAUUAUGGAACAUCACAACAUCUCCUAUCAUACUUGUGCUGAUGGCACACAACUCUGUAUUUCAGUGUCAUCACAUGACUACAAUCCCUUACUGUCACUGAGUAGCUGUAUUCAUCGAAUCAAAGAGUGGAUGGGCCAGAAUUUUCUCCAGCUAAACGCUGAAAAGUCAGAGGUGAUCAUUUGUGGCCCCAAAAACGAAAGGGCAAAGAUCAGUGCUCACCUUGGCUCUAUGUCAUUGACAGCUACAAAUCAAGCCAGAAAUCUUGGUGUAAUUAUUGACUCAGACCUGAACUUCAAUAACCAUCUAAAGUUUAUCACUAAAUCUGCCUAUUACCACCUGAAAAACAUUGCUAGAAUUAAGGGGUUUCUGUCUAAACAAGACAUGGAAAAACUUAUUCAUGCAUUCAUUUUCAGUAGAUUAGAUUAUUGUAAUGGCAUCUUUACAGGUCUUAACAAAAAAUCAAUCAGGCAGCUGCAGCUGAUCCAGAAUGCUGCCGCCAGAGUCCUUACAAACACGAGGAAACUGGACCAUAUGACACCAGUCAUUAAAUCACUACACUGGCUUCCUGUGAGUCAAAGGAUAGAUUUCAGAAUCUUACUGCUGGUCUACAAAGCACUGAAUGGUCUGGGACCACAAUAUAUGCUUGAUCUAUUAGUUCCCUACGAAGCAUCCAGACCCCUUAGGUCAUCUGGAACUGGUUUGUUGUGUGUCCCAAGAACAAGAACCAAGCAAGGUGAGGCAGCAUUCAGUUAUUAUGCUCCUCACCUGUGGAACAAACUUUCUGUAGAUCUGAGGUCUGCUCAAACUGUCAGUGCCUUUAAAUCAGGGCUGAAAACACGAUUGUUCACUGUAGCGUACUUGUAGAGGAAAAAAUACUUAAAAUAAAUACUACCUACUACCUAAUACUAAUACUACCUACUUGCUAUACUCUACUGUGUAGCAAGUAGGUAGUAUUGCUAUAUGCGAUACUCUAUUGCCUUUACUUUUUAUAUAUUUCUUUCUUCUUUCUUAUUUAAAAAAAAUAUUCUAUAUAUUUUUUCUUUUUAUUGUCUUGCUGCUUUUAAUGUUUAUGUAAAGCACUUUGAAUUACCUUGUGUUGAAUUGUGCUAUACAAAUAAACUUGCCUUGCCUUGCCUUGA